GCCAGCAGCGUGGCUCAGGAGGAGCUCCUCUUCGGACCCGGGCCUGGCUGGAGCGGGCUCCCCGAGCUGUCCUCAAUGCCUUCGGCCCUGGCCAUCUUCACUUGCCGCCCCAACUCGCACCCGUUCCAGGAGCGCCAUGUCUACCUGGACGAGCCCAUCAAGAUCGGGCGCUCGGUGGCCCGCUGCCGGCCGGCCCAGAACAACGCCACCUUCGACUGCAAGGUGCUGUCCAGGAACCACGCGCUGGUCUGGUUCGACCACAAGACGGGCAAGUUUUAUCUUCAAGACACUAAAAGUAGUAACGGUACCUUUAUAAAUAGCCAGAGAUUGAGUCGAGGAUCUGAAGAAAGUCCGCCAUGUGAAAUUCUUUCUGGUGACAUUAUCCAGUUUGGUGUAGAUGUAACCGAAAACACCCGAAAAGUUACCCAUGGAUGUAUUGUUUCCACAAUAAAACUUUUUCUACCAGAUGGUAUGGAAGCUCGACUACGGUCAGAUGUCAUCCAUGCUCCAUUACCAAGUCCCGUUGACAAAGUUGCUGCUAACACUCCAAGUAUGUACUCUCAGGAACUGUUCCAACUUUCACAGUAUCUACAGGAAGCCUUACAUCGGGAGCAGAUGUUGGAACAAAAGCUGGCCACGCUUCAGCGGCUGCUGGCCGUCACGCAGGAGGCCUCUGACACUAGCUGGCAGGCUUUAAUAGAUGAAGAUAGACUGUUAUCACGGUUAGAAGUUAUGGGAAACCAGUUACAAGUAUGUUCUAAAAAUCAGACAGAAGAUAGUUUAAGGAAGGAACUUGUAGCGUUACAGGAAGAUAAACACAACUAUGAGACAACAGCCAAAGAGUCCCUGAGGCGGGUACUUCAGGAGAAAAUCGAAGUGGUCAGAAAACUCUCAGAAGUUGAGCGAAGUCUGAGUAAUACUGAAGAUGAAUGUACCCACCUGAAAGAAAUGAAUGAAAGGACUCAGGAAGAAUUAAGAGAAUUGGCCAAUAAAUAUAAUGGAGCGGUUAAUGAGAUUAAAGAUCUCUCUGAUAAAUUAAAGGCAGCUGAAGGAAGACAAGAAGAAAUCCAGCAAAAGGGACAAGCUGAAAAAAAGGAAUUGCAACAUAAAAUCGAUGAAAUGGAAGAGAAAGAGCAGGAGCUUCAGGCCAGAAUUGAAGCCUUGCAGGCUGACAACGACUUCACCAACGAGAGGCUCAUGGCCCUGCAGGACAAGCUCAUAGACGAGGGGCAUCUAACCAAAGGGGUUGAAGAAACAAAGCUUUUGAAAGAGAAUCAAGCAAAAGAAAAGGAGUCUGAUUUGUCUGACACUCUUAGCCCGAGUAAGGAAAAGAGCAGCGACGACACCACAGACGCCCAAAUGGAUGACCAAGAUCUAAACGAACCUCUUGCUAAAGUCUCUCUGCUAAAAGAUGAAUUGCAGGGGGCCCAGUCUGAAACUGAGACAAAGCAAGACAUUCAGCAUCUUCACAAGGAGUUGAUUGAAGCUCAAGAGCUAGCUAGAGGGAGUAAACAAAAAUGCUCUGAACUUCAAGCUCUUUUGGAAGAAGAAAGAAAAGCCUAUCGAACACAAGUUGAGGAGUCUGCAAAGCAAAUACAGGUUCUUCAAGCCCAGUUGCAGAGGUUGCAUACUGAUAUGGAGAACCUUCGGGAAGAGAAGGAAAGUGAAAUCACGAGCACGAAGCACGAUUUGCUCAGUGCCCAAGAUGAAAUUCUGCUGCUCCAGCAAGUAGCGGAAAAGGCUGCUUCUGAGCGGGACGUUGACUUCGCCUCCCUGCAAGUCGAGCUUCAGAAGGUUCGGGAGGAGCUGGAGCGGUGGCGGAAGGCAGCCUCAGAGUACGAGAAGGAAAUUGUCAGUCUGCAGGCCAGUUUUCAGCUCCGGUGUCAGCAGUGUGAAGACCAGCAGAAAGAGGAAUCCUCCAGGUUGCAAGGUGAACUGGAGAAGUUGAGAAAAGACUGGAGUGUAUUGGAAGCAGAAUGCCAUUCUCUAAAAAAGGAAAAUAUUUUGCUUUCAUCAGAACUUCAGCGACAAGAGAAAGAAUUGCAUAGCUCUCAGAAGCAGAGCUUAGAACUUACCAGUGAUCUGAGCAUCCUUGAAAUGACCCGGAAAGAGCUGGAGAAUCAAGUGGGAUCCUUGAAGGAUCAACAUCUUCGGGAUUCAGCAAGUUGGAAGACCCUUCUCAACAAAGCUGAAAAUGAAGCAAAGGCUGUUCGGAAAGAGUAUGAAAGGACACAGACUCAACUCUCAGAGCUGGAGCUGAAGUUUCAAAGGACCGAGCAGGAAAAACAAUCCAUCACCAGUGAGCUCAGACAAUGUCAAGACACCCUGAAGCAGCUACAAGAAAAAGGAAACAAUAGACACUGGCCUUGGAUGCCCAUGUUGGCAGCUCUGGUAGCUGUGACAGCCGUAGUGUUGUAUGUACCAGGCCUAACCAGAGCUUCACCAUGAGAACUUUGGUUGGUUCCGUAUCCUGCCCUCCUCUUAGAAGCUGGCGGGGAGAACAGAUCCAUUUUCUUCCUUUUUACCUCUUAAUACAACAAAAGUGCAAGAAAAGAACAGUCGGGGUCAUUGCUUUAAAUUGUAUAAAAUGUAUCUGUCUAUAAAGAGGGAAUAAAAUUGUGACUUUAUUCUACUGUAAGCAAUAAUUUGCUUGCAAUUUUUCAUGUAAUUUUUUAAUUAGUAUGUUGAGAUUCUAAAUAUUAUGGUGGCCUAAAGUAGGCUUCUUGGUACCAAAUUAUUUAUAACAUUUAGGUUUAUGACUAUUUUACUCUAGAUGCUGAUUGCCAGAUAAUUCAUUUUCUGAUUGGACACAUCCCCAAACCAAACAGCUGGUAAAUACAUACAUGGGAAAAGAGGCACUGUGUGCUCAGUGCCUAUCAUUUUGAAAUAAAUAUAUGCACAUAUAUUUUUUUUACAUAUUGACACCAUUUUUACUUGCUAUAAACCACUGAGCUAUUGGGAACAACGGCUACUAUAGCUAUAGAGACAACGGCUACUUCCAUAGAUUUUUUUUCAAGGAAAAGACACAUUUGGGAAAGGUUCUGUUUUAGCAGCGAUUUGAGAAGUAUACAUGCUUUGGUGCAGCCUUAAUGUGACUUGAAGAUGUGGAUGGCAUCAGCCUGGAAAAACUUUGUAAGAGUGUGUGUAUUUUCUUGAGUGAACUGAAGUAUUUCUGGGAGCAAAAAGAUAAUCAUUUCACAGCUACAGCAACAGUAAACCAAACUGUUCAAUUGGAAUGUAAUUUAUUCAACUUUAUGCAUUCAAAGUAGAGAGACCAUUUCUUUACUUUCUCAUCUACAACAUUUUAGGAAGCAUGGUUGUUUUUUUUUUCCUCCUCACUUAUUCUUCCAAACAUUGCUUUAAAGAGGGAAAAUGUGUCUUCUUUAGAUAAACUUUUGUUGACUUAACUUUGUUAUGAGAGUUUGGAGUGCAUCUAUAGCUGAUCGAUCUACUGGACGAGGUGAAUUUCUGUAAACCCAGGGAAUGAAUCUUACGGUUAGGGAUGCAAAUGGCUUUAUUUCUUUUGUUUUGUUUUGUUUUGUUUUUGUCGUUUUUUCAAACUGAGUAGUUUCGUUCAUGAGAAGCACUACUUCAGUUGGGAUCUUAUCAGUUAAAUGCCCAAGUCAAAAAGUGAGCUACAGUUUUUUGUAGCUCAAUGGUUAUGUCAAUAAAGUUUGCUGAAAUCUCUGUAAUAUACUGAAGUAUUAAUAGAGUGAUGGUUUUUUAGAAAAUGGAGAUGAGAAAAAACUCAAUGAAUUGGCUUGGAUUCUCCAUGGCAAUCUACAGGUCUUGCCAAAUACUUAAAUAGGAGUUUAGUAUCUAAUUUGCCUUGUGAGGUUUUGGGGGUCAUUGUUUAUAUGUUAAAGGUUAUAUUUUAAGCUAUUGGGGAUUUGCUGUUGGGAGAACCAUUAGAUUUAUGGAAGAAUUAGUCCACAAAUGACUUGCAGAAAAUAUCACCUUGUUCGUUUCACCAUUUUUCUGUUGCAGGAAGCUAUUCCCUCACAGAAUGCUCAUAUGCCAGUGGUACUCUGUACCUCUUGUAUAUAGGUUAUUGCAAAUAUUGUUCUGAAAUGCUUAACUUCAGAAUUACAUUUUUUUAAAGUAAAUAAUUGUUUUAAAUCUAUUUUGUAAAGAUAUAAAGUACAAUAGAAUUUCUGGAAUACAGAUUAAACUAUUUGCACUAACACACGUGAUGUGCAUGAUUUAAUAAAAUAACUUUACUCUCCCUA